UUUGGUCUUUUUGGCUUCCACUUUCUUUAGCUUCAGUUUGAGCUUCAAUUGCCAUCAUGAGACUGGGCGUGUUUUUACUGCUGUCAGUGCUUUGGACGGCACAAGGAUUUCCUGCUUAUAAAGGUUGCGUCGGAGGACCAGGCGGUCCCCCCGGUUGCGCCAGUCCAGCUUUCCAACCAGUGGUAUUUGUACCCGUCUACCUGGCUUCACCAUGCGGCCAUGGAGGUGGUGGAGGCGAUCUAGGAGAUGGUGGUGAUGGAGGAAGCGGUGGAAGUGGAAGUGGUACCGGAAGUGAAGGAGGCUGAAGUGGUACCACAAAUGGAAGUGGAAUCGGUAGCGAUAACUUCCGAUAACGGCAUCGGAAGUGGAAGCGACAGCGGAAGUGGAAGUGACAGCGUUAGUGGAAGUGGAAUCGGAAGUGGAAGCGACAUCGGAACUGGAAGCGACAUCGGAUGUGGAAGUGGUAGCAGCAGCGAAAUCGGAAGUGGAAGUGGAAGAGACACCGGCAGUGGAAGUGGAAGUGGAAGCGAAAGCGGAAGUGGAGUCUCGCCCUAGAAAGGCAACACGGCCACCAAGACGUCCAGGCGACAACUCGGGGAAACCUCAAGGGCCGGCCUCGGGAGAUGCCCUCUCGCUCGAACUAACCAUUAGAAAUUUCACACUGGGAGUCGCUUGUCUGUGAAUGCCACUGUCUUUAACUUGAGGUCAACCUUGUGGCUGUUGUUUAAGUCCUGAUUCCAUUUUUCUCGGUAUUCACCUGAAUGUAACAUAAUGAAGAGUAAUCUGA